AUGAAGCUGCUGUCUGUGCUGCUCGGCGUGGGGCUCGCCGGCGUUGGCCUCGCCGCUCCCGCCACCGAACCCUACCAAGUCAUCACCACCGAAGACGGCAUCCCCAUCAUCCGGACCAACAUCGUCCGGGUCGACACCGCCGCCGCCGCCAUCCCCGACGCUCCGCCGUCUCACUCCCUCGUCUCUCACUACGCCAAGCUUGCUUCGGGUGCGCUGGGUUGGCUCCACGUCCCCGGCUUCCGGGGCGCGCCCGUCUUCGACCACGACACGCCCACCGCCGUGGCCGAUUCCAACGGCGACGUCUGGGGCGGCAGCUACGGUAGGAAAGGCCACGGCAGGGGCCGCCACGGCCACCAUCGCCAUCGUCAUAACCGGAAGCCCUUUCACUUCUACCCGCGCCUGAGCCUCAAGGAUGGACUUCCUUUCAUUAUCCUCGCCGUUUCUCUGUCAGUGGUGGUUGCCUGCUCGCUCCUGAGGAGGACUGCUGCCGCGCUCCAGGGCGAGGAGAACCCGCCUAUUGACUCUGCCCUGGCUGAAAAGGGACGCCUGCAGCAGCGGUUUGAGGCCACGCAGACGCGGGCGGAGAGUGUUUCUCACCCCGCUGUCUCGCCUGCCGAGAGCUGCUGA